AUGUCCAAAUACUGCUCAAACGUAUUCGAAAUACCUGCCAAAGAUAACUCUUUGACAGCUUCACAAGACACCAAGGUAAUACCUCUAUACCACAGAAACUACCAUGUCUUAAACAUCGGUCGCGUUCCUAUCAAAGCGGAAGUAAUAUUCGGUACUGCUCUUGGUUGGCACGGAACUGCAGUACAACCAGUUCUCGUGCAGCCUGGCGAGGCGACAAUACUAGAUAUGACCAAAAAUCUUUACUUUCUAACCACAGUUAAGAUUUACAAUGAACAAUCUUUAAGAGCUUUAGUACAUGUAGGAAGAGACGAUGCAUCUGAUUGGGAUAAAAGACCUAAACAUCCUAUUAAACUUGACGUCAAUAUGAUAUCGAAUAACAUCAUCAAAUUCAGUCCUGCAAAUAUCCCAUUAAUUUCAGAUAAAUUAGAUCCCAUACUGGAUUUCUUUUUCCCACAAAAAGGAAUAAUUUGGGGCACUAUUAUAGAUGAAUCAAUUCAGAUACAUACGAAAAUUAAAUUGGAUAUAAGACAGUUGAGAACAAAGUUGAUCAAUUUGAAUGCGUUACUUGAACACAAAGAAGCUUCUGUAGGUGCGAGUUUCCCUUACCAAUUCAUGCAACUGAUGGAAGAUUUGCUUGGUUUCGAAAAGAAAUUUGUCAUCAGCAAGGAAGCAACCAACGCUGACUACCAUAACUACAUUUCAUUGGCUUAUUAUUCCUCAAUGGUGAGCUUGAAGAUGUGUUUGUACCAAUUUGGGAUACUAAAUAGGAUUAAGAUUGGUUUAAAUGACGAGCAAGUUCGGAGACUUCUGCUACUAUCAAAACAGCUCAUUGAAGAUAGAUUAGACGGAGCUAUUACUUAUAUCAACCGCGUUGCUACCAAAGCAAUUAACAAUGAAUACAACAACUGCGAACCACAGCUUGCUUACGAUUCCAUCGCUACAGUCCAAACUUACUGCGGCCUUGCAGGACUACAGUUCAUUCCUUACUGGAAUGGAAUUCUUACAAACCCUUUUUGGAAAAAGAAAGCUUACAAUAACGUCAUAAUAUAUUCUACAUAUUUUGGAAGACCAAGUCCACUGUUAUACAAACAAAUGGUCCAAGAAGAGGUAGUUGAACCACUUCAACCUCAAUCUAUUAGAGGUGUAAGAAAUAAAAUGAUUGGAGUUGAUGUGUGGCUUUGGAGGAAUAACUCUAGAUCGCUUCCAAAAAUUGGAGGGAUGACUGUUCAUUUUCAAAACGGCAACGUGUACAAUUUGGGAACUGCAACCCGUGAAGCCAAAAGUUUUUUCUUUGAUAAUGCUUUGUUGGUGAAAUUAACUGCUUGGGGUGUUGGUGCUAUAGAUUGCCUUGAAUUUGGGUUUUCCGAUGGAAGGAUAAUUACGUGCGGGUCUAAAGGAUCUCAGGAGGAAUUUCGUGAUUUUGAACUCGGACAACAUUGUAUUUCUGGACUGUAUUUAGCUAGUGAUGUGCCGUUUCUUAACGGACAAGCUGCCAAUAUUGCUGUCUCCUUUCAAUUGAUUUCAGAAUUGUGA